AUGAAUUUUGAAUAAGAAUUAUAGCAAUCAUUUUUUGAACAACAAAUAUCUGGACAUUCUAUAUUUAUUAAACUUAAUGAUGGUAAAUUUGUAGCAAAGUCAUGUUCAACAGAAAAUAACAAUGAAUAAAUGUAUGUAUUCAAGUAUAAUAUAAGUUUUUAUGAAUGGGUACAACAUAUCCAAGGAUAUUAGGAUUUCUUCUCUUAAUAUAAUGGUGUCAUUACUUUGGAAGAAAAUAAAGUAAUUGAAAAGCCAAAAGUAGAUUAACGAUAAUAAAAAUGGAUGGAUUCUCUUAUUGCUAAAAGGUUUAAUCCUAAUAAUAAAAGUAAAUAGUGUUCUUUAACUUUAAGAAUACUUACUUCUAGAAAAUUUAAUAUAAAACUAAAAGAACCUUCGAAUUUUAGAUAUCAAAUUGGGGUUUACAGUUGAAAAGCAAUCACAUAUAAUACGUUAUUAAGAAUCAACCUCUUCAAAAGUUGGUUUACGAAUUUGUGGUAUGAAAGUUCAAGAAAACAAUAAAAUUAUUGUUUUUAGAGAUAAGCAUUGGGGGAGACGUAUUUCUAUUGAUGAAUUGACAGAGGAGUUGAAAACAUUUUUUAAUAUUUAAAAAAAGAAUUGUAAGUUAUAUAAUUAUGAUAUUUUUAGAAAUGAUUAUAAAUUUGACCGAACAAAUUGAAAAUCUUAAAUGUUUUAUAACAUAAAAGUGUAAAGAAGUGAUCUCAUGGUAAGGAACAAGUCUAUUAAUCAUUUCUGAUUCAGAAGAUGACUUAAAAAUCAGACUAAUAGAUUUUUCAAAGGCUAAAGUGGAUAAGCAAUCAAUUAAAUGGAAUAUUGAUAUAAUUAACUCUUUGAAUAGUUUAUUAGAAUUAGUUAAGCAGAUUUGA